UCAGCUUUCAGUCAGCAAAAUUUCUUUCAACUUGAAUGCGGUCCGCGGUUGUAUAAAACUGUUCUGCAGUCGUUUAUUCUCUUUAAUUCCAUUCACUCUGUAACUAAAAAAAAAAUACCACAGAAAUCCAUCCGAAAAAUCAUAUAAGAAAAAAAUUGUGUUUAACAAAAAAAUAAACCAAUUGAUUUUGUGCUUUGUUGCAAUUGCAUAUUCAAAAUAUAUUUUGUUAUUAUUACACUACACUACUUGUGCAAUUAUAUAUAAAUUAUCCACUAAAGAUACAAAAAUUUUGUGGUUAGUUUUAAUAUCGUAAGAAGGAAAAAAAAAAAAAAAAAAUUUAGAAUAAAAAUCGAUACUUGAAGGAAUCUGAUUUUUUGUGGUCGUCGUUGUCGUCUAUGUGUUUUUUGAAUUUUCGUUUCCCAUUUUCUUGUUGGUUUUGGUGCAUUCGAAAAGCAUAAUAAGAAAAAAUAAAUAAAAAUAUAAAAUAAUAAUAAUAAAGAGAAAAGAAGUCAAUUGUUUAGAGUGCGUUAAAAGUUUAUUUAUUUUUUAUUGUUGUCUCUAUAUUAUCUUUCUGUGUUUAUACUGUGCACAGUGGUUUUUUUUUUUUUGAGGAAAAGAAGAAAUAAAUAAAAAAAAUAUUUUUUAGUGGAAGUGGAAAAGUAAAAGAAAAAAAAACGCGUCUUUCCAAUUAGUCACUUGUCUUGCCGUAUAUUUUCGUUCUGCUCCUGUGGUUCUCUUUUGGUUAAAAUAUCUUCUUUUUUUCGUAGCAGUUAUUGUUGUUGGUUUCUGCACUUUUUGUCGCGCCCUUAAAAAUUUCUUAUUGGAGUGAGAAAAAGGUUCUUUUCCUUUUUGUUUUUGUAAUCCAACUCAAACUUGUCCUUUAAAAAUCAAACAAACCGGGAGAGAGAGAAGUGUCAUUCUUCUAUUGUUAUUUCAAGGAAUACUCGUCGUACUCAUUUUUAUUCAUUUUCAACAUGCUUUCAACUUUUAUUUGGGAAAUCUAACAUCAAAUUAAGUUAAAGAGGAAUAAAAGAUUAUAAAAAAAAAACUAUCAAUAAUUCUGGUAUCGUUGGCGCUAUCCCAUCCGCAUCCACUUAGCCCAUUUGAUUGGGCGGUGCAACUGUGUGAUGGAUCAUGCAGUAAAAGCGACCAGAGGACGACCAUGGAACAAGUUGCGCUUCGAGAACGACGAGCUAGAAUGUCUCUAUCAACGUUACACACUGAAGCUGCAGCGCUUCUCGGUGCUAGGUGUGGUCGCUCUGGUGGUCGUCCUGUGUGGAGUUAUGGCUGCUCUCAGUCUCACCUACAAUCACAGUCCAACAUUUCAUAAUGUUUUCAAUUCCAUUGUGUGCCUCCUGUUUGCAAUUAUUUUGAUAUUAUUGCAAUGUCGUGUUAUCAAGGAUCAUCAUUUGCCAUUUCUUUGCUAUGGCAUUCUACUAUUCACUGCUUGCAUAUGCUUUGUGUCGAUGCCAACGGUGGGAAGCGUAUUUCCAGUUGAUACGAAAGAGGUCAUGGCUGAAGGAGUGUGGCAAAUUGUGUUUGUUGUAUUCCUCGCCUACGCAAUGUUGCCCCUUCACAUAUGGGAAGCUGUUUGCUUUGGGAUUAUCCUACCGUCCGUGCAUAUUGGACUGACGGCAUAUAAAAUGUUCACCGAUACAUUUCGCUAUUUGGAAUAUAAUCAGCUUAUAGCCAAUAUUGUAAUGUUUAUUGGUGUUAAUGUUGCUGGUUUAGUGGUUAAUAUUAUGAUGGAACGAGCCCAAAGGAGGGCGUUCCUCGAUACAAGAAAUUGUAUAGCUGCCCGCCUUGAGAUUCAAGAUGAAAAUGAAAAAUUGGAGAGAUUAUUGUUGUCUGUUCUACCUCAGCAUGUUGCAAUGCAAAUGAAGAAUGAUAUUUUAUCACCUGUCGCUGGUCAAUUUCACCGAAUUUACAUACAAAAGCAUGAGAAUGUUAGUAUUUUAUUUGCUGAUAUUGUUGGUUUUACUGUAUUAGCCUCGCAAUGUAGUGCCCAGGAAUUAGUAAGACUGCUCAAUGAAUUGUUUGGACGUUUUGAUCAAUUAGCUCAUGAUAACCACUGUUUGAGAAUAAAAAUCUUAGGAGAUUGCUAUUACUGUGUAUCUGGCUUACCUGAACCUCGCAAAGAUCACGCUAAAUGUACUGUCGAAAUGGGUUUGGAUAUGAUUGAUGCUAUAGCAACUGUUGUUGAAGCAACAGAUGUUGUACUCAACAUGCGAGUUGGCAUCCAUACUGGUCGAGUUCUAUGUGGAGUUCUUGGUCUACGAAAAUGGCAAUUUGAUGUCUGGUCUAAUGAUGUAACUCUGGCCAACCAUAUGGAAUCUGGUGGGGAACCAGGCAGAGUUCAUGUAACUCGAGCAACUCUCGAUUCUCUUUCUGGGGAGUAUGAAGUUGAAGCCGGUCAUGGUGAUCAGAGAUCCUCGUACCUGAGAGAUCAGAAUGUCGACACUUAUUUCAUUGUGCCACCACCAUAUAGAAGAAAGCCAUUAAUGCUUAACACUUUAGGUGUCCGCUCGGCACUUGUUAGUCGUCGUAAGCUUUCAUUUCGCAAUGUAUCAAAUGUUGUUAUGCAACUUUUGCACACAAUAAAAUUCUCGGAACCAGUUCCGUUUUCGAACAUUGCCACCGGAUCGUUUCCAUCGUCGGCAGGAAGUACAGCCGGUACAAAUGCCAAUGACAAAAGCAGUCGAAAGGUUAUGCGGCUGCAAAGAAUAUUACACGCACCGACAACAACCGGUGCGAGUGUAACAGUUUCUGUAGGAACUUCGAACACAAUAACUAAUAAUAGCCAAACUAAAACAAAAGUUACCGACAGAUUCAAAUGUCCAUUUCGUAAACGUCAUUCUGGGGUACAUCAUCAACCGACGAAUCGAGUUAAUCGAUUUCUAUCACAAGCAAUAAAUGCUCGUUCUGUCGAUAGAGAGAAAUCAAUUCUUGUUGAUCGAUUUACGUUGCGUUUUCGUGAAAGCGAUAAAGAACGUGAAUAUCAUAAGGAUUUCGAUUUGGGAUUUACCACGGCUAUGGGAUGCAGUUUGUUGUUGUUAAUAUUGGGAGCAGCGCUUCAAGUUACCGCUCUUCCAAGAACACUAAUAUUACUCUUGUUAUUUUUGACCGCCUUCAUUUGGGUUAGUGCAAUUUUAAUGCUGUUGUUGGCUGUGAGAUUAAAAUGGAUUGCUUGGGAUUUAUCGGAGAGUUUUACAUUGCGGUUAGCCAUAACUAUCUUUACUAUUGUACUUAUCUAUUCUGUUGGGCAAGUUAAUGUGUUUACUUGCGUUUCGGAUCAUCCAUGCUCGAGUAAUAUAACGACAAUACCAACUCUGGAAGAGGAUAUGCUUAUGUUGGCUCAUCAAAAUGCUGCACACAGGAAAUGCUCUCUCCCACAAUACGUUUCAUUAUCUGCAUCUUUUGCGUUUCUUUCUGUUUCUGUAUUUUUGAGGUUACCUAUAAUCUUCAAAUCCCUGCUCAUCAUCACCAUGGGUACUAUUUAUGCGCUCUAUAUCGAACUAUCGCAUAUCAAUAUCUUCGAGUGUUACGAUAAUCGUGUCAACGCAUCAAUUCCGCUUCAUUUGGUAUCAUUAGCAAGGAUUUUCAUCUUCAUGAUCGCAAUUUUAGUUCAUGGCCGUUUAGUGGAGUGGACAGCCCGUUUGGAUUUUUUAUGGCAGCUACAGGCAUCACAGGAGAAAAAGGAAAUGGACGUGUUACAGGAGUCGAACAAGAGAAUUUUGCACAAUUUGCUGCCAGCUCAUGUGGCUGCACAUUUUCUUGAUGCUCAAUUCCGCAGUAAUAUGGGUAACCCCGGACAGGAAUUAUAUCAUCAAAGUUAUGCAAAAGUUGGUGUUAUGUUUGCAUCGGUGCCAAAUUUCCAUGAAUUCUAUACCGAAUUGGAUGGUUCAGAUCAAGGAUUAGAAUGUUUGAGACUUUUAAAUGAAAUCAUUGCUGAUUUUGAUGAGUUGCUGAAAGAAGAUCGCUUCCAAGGUAUUGAUAAGAUCAAGACAGUCGGUAGCACUUAUAUGGCAGCCGUUGGUUUAUUACCUGAAUUCAAAAUGAAUCCAACAGAUCCAAACUCGAUUCGAAGGCAUAUGACCGCCUUGGUGGAGUACGUGAAGGCGAUGAGAUUGGCACUGCAGGAAAUCAAUAGCCAUUCAUAUAAUAACUUUAUGUUAAAGAUUGGUUUAAAUAUUGGACCGGUUGUUGCUGGUGUAAUUGGUGCUAGAAAACCACAGUAUGAUAUUUGGGGCAAUACCGUGAAUGUCGCCAGUCGCAUGGAUUCAACAGGAAUUCCUGGUUACACACAAGUUACCCAGGAAGUUGUUGACAGUUUGCAAGGAUCACAUUUUGAAUUCAGAUGUCGUGGUCAAAUAAAUGUCAAAGGUAAAGGUGACAUGGUAACAUAUUUCUUAUGGGACUAUGCCAACAACAAUGGUGAAGUACGCAAUGCAAUGCUCUCGAAUCGCACAAUUCCAAGCAAUAACUUCUCAUCACAACAACAACAACAGCAGCAACAACAUCAACAACAGCAGCAACAACAACAACAAUCACAAACAACCACAUCACAAUCAAUUCAGGCGAUUGCGCCACAACCAACUCAAACAACGACCCCCAUGCAAAUGCAUGCACAUCCAACCGAAUACUAUCAAAAGCAAUCACAAUUCAAUGAUAGCAACUAUCACAUCAACAUGAAUAGUGAUGCAUACAACAUCAAAAAGGAUAACUAUGGCUUCAAUAACAUAGAUGCCCCCAACAUGUGUAUUAAGCAACAACAUUCGCCACAACCAUCGCAAACGCAGCAGCAGUUGCAGCAACCAUUGAUGCAACAGUUCCAAUUGGACGAACAACAACACGUUCAGUUGCAACAACAAUUGCUAGCGCAUCGCUAUCAAAAGUAUCAUAAACAAGCAAAUUUCAUUGCGAACGGUGGGCUGCCGAAUAUCAGAGAAAAUGGUCAUAAUAAUGGAGCAAAUGGAAUGAAUGGUAGUAACUAUAAUAAUGGCAGAGAUCAUCAAUAUCAGCCGCAACACCAACAACAACAUCACAAUAAUUACCAUCAUAUGCAACCGCAGCAGCAACAACAACCCCAAUUGAUUAGGGCACAAUUGCAACAGCCAAUGGUUAUGAUGCGUGAAACUUUCAAUAUUAUUGAGAAUCCUAGUUUAAGUGGCAACACUAAUCGUGAUAAUUAUAAUAUUCGUGAAAACUAUGGUCAUCUGGAGAACUAUAAUAAUAUGGUUAAACGGGAGCAUGUGAAUGGUAGAUAUCAUAAUAAUAAUUACAGUAGCUGCAGGGAGAGUGAACCAUUAUUGCAUGCCGCUCCUGUGGCUAAGAUAAUGCCACUACAACAACAACAGAAUCCACCACCUAAAUACGACCCGCCUCGCUAUACAUGUCCAAAUACUGGACUUCAAUUACAACAACUCCAACAACAUCAACAACAACAACAACAGCAGCAUCAACAAAUACAGCAACAACAACAACAUGCUCCACCUCUUCCAGUUACACCAACGCCAAAACCUACAGUAACAUCAAGUCUGAAGAAUAACACACCACUCCUGCGCACCUACAUGAAACCAUUGCCAAAGUUACCCUGCGAUCUAGAAGACAACCGCGAAAUGUCCUCAACAGAUGAUCUAAGUUCGCGACCGCAUUCGCCCAGUAUGAGUUCCUCUGACGAAAGUUAUUCCAAAACAACCGAAGGUGAAGGUGAUGACGAUUCACCUCGAAUAACCGCCGCCAAUCAUCAUGUCAAUAGAAAUCUAAAUCCUCUGCAAUGGCUGUAUCCGUGUGACAUACAAGUCGAUCCGACAUCACCUAUUGUCGAUAUGUCGAAUUUGAAAGAUUUCGAAGUUAGUUCCACCACCGAAAGCCAAGGACAAACUACGACAACUCAAAAUAAAGGCGAUUCAUGUAAUAGUUUUGAAUAUCAAGACCGAAUGGGUGGCGCCAAUAAUUCAAAACAACAACUACAACAAACAUCUGCGUCUAAUACGAAAUCACCUUUCGAACGUGAACUCCAAAGACUCUUAAAUGAAUCUUCAUCACGAGGUCAUUACUCAAAUGGUCCAAUUAAUGGUGGCAAUGGUCAUGGAGGAGGAUCAAGUAAUGGUGGAAAUGGUGGUGGUAAUCAACAGAAUCAACAUCAAAAUAGUCGUAACAACCUAGAAUUAAGUUACUCAAGUAGCAAUAUUAAAUUAGGAUCAUCGGUAAAUAAUAAUAAGAACAAAUACGACAUGGAAUCGCCGCCACCGUUAUCCGAGAAAGGUUCAAAAAUACCAAUAAGUACAAGUUUUAUGAUUGCAAAGCAUCCGGUUGGCUUGGAAGCUAUCAAAGAAAUCACAAGAAAUAAAAAUCCAUCGGAAUCAAGUCAGAUGCAAACCUCCGACACAGAAUCUUGUGAAAUUCUACAUGACAGUCGAUGUGGAAGCAACCAAAAGAAUCUACAAAUGCUUGAUUUGGCCACAAGAUCAAAUCAAAACCUAAACCAUGCCAAAGAUCACAACCAUCGACUACGUCGACCAAGAUCCAGUGAAUGUGAGAAUAGUCGCAAUAGUUUGGACCUUAUGAACGGUGAUCGUGAUGAUACCGAAGACAAUUUAGCCGAUGAAGAAUUCGAAGAUGACGAAGCUGGUCGUGAUGUCAGGAAAAAGUCAAGUAUAACAUCGAGACAGGAGACAAUUAGCAGCGGUGCUGGAGUAAUUGGUGUUGAUCAUGAAUAUACGGAUGUUGUGUCAUCUGCGAGAGAUCGCAGCGACAAUCGAAUGCGAGAAAUAAAUGUGAUAAACGAUGAACUGAAAUAUGGUGCGGGUCAUCAUAAUAAUCAUCAUCAAUCGAUGGACUCGAAUCCGGUUGAAAGUCAGUCGGAAUGGUCCGAUGACGAUUGUCGUGAAGAAGCAACGGGUGGCGCUGAAUCAACAGGUUACAUCACCGAUGAACCUGGUCUUGAAAACAUCUCCCUCCUAAAUGAAGCUGGUCUUACAGACGCCGAAGGUGCACUUUCAGAUGUGAAUUCACUUUACAAUGCGCCCGAUGUUGAUGAUACUUCAAUAUCGAGUCGUGCCAGCUCUCGUCUACUCAGCUUAGAUUCACUAAGUGGAUUAUAUGACUGCGAAUUGGAUUCAAAGCACGAGAUGGCCAUUGUGAAUGUGUCACAUAAAAUAACGAGUAAAUUUGGACCGCAAAGUUAAUUUCUUUUUCUUCAUUUUUCAUUAAUUUAAUUUUUUUUUUUAAUUUCCUUAAACUAUUUUUACCAGUUUAAGUUUACAAAACGAUUUUGUAUUUUUACUAUAGAAUUUUAAGCAAAACAAAAAAUAUUAAGAAACUCAUCUAUAAUUUAGUUUAAGAUAUUUUCGCGAAAUCGCAUCCAAAUAAGAUGAUGAUGAUAAACUAUAAUUAUGCAUGUUAAUAGGAAUUUUAAAUUCCAUUUUUGCGAAAUAUUCGUUAUUAUUAUGUAUUUUUGAAAAAAAAAAUUAUGUCUUCAUCAGCAGCUUCAAGUUUAAAACAAAAAAACUUUUAUAUUAAAUAUAAUGUUAGUCUAUCUAUAAUAAUUUUACUUCUAAAGUUUUAAAUUUUGUUUUUUACUAACGCUAAGCGUUAAGUUUUACAAGAAUUUUCAUCAAAGAGAAUAGAAGUACUAUAAGGAAUUUUGUUAUUUUUGUUGGUCUUUCAGAAAAAUAUUAGUUUUGUGUAUAACUUGAGCUCUUUAGGUGAAGGAUAUAAAUAGUUGUUCUCGUUUUCACUUUGGUCAACUUCUGAGCCGAAGCUCAAUAGUUUUAUUGUUGAACAAGAUUGAUCGGAAUCUCCAACAAAAAAUUGUUGCUCCCCUUAACUUAUCUCAGACCUUUUUCUCCUUGAAUAAAAAGUUUUGUCACCGAUAGUUAUAUGCCUUAAAAUACAAAAUCUGACAAUUUAAAAUUUUCUGAAAACUUUUAAAUGAUAUUUCUUAAAACAUUUUUAAACUUGUAUUUUUUUUUUUAAAUUAAAAGACAUUUGGAACAAUUUUUUUACUGACAGAUCUGAAAAAUUCAGGCUUAUUGUUUGUUCCGUGUGAACAAGAUUCACCAGAAAAAAAAUUGUUCAAAAAUACUCCUUUUAGCACUACAUUUUUGAGACGAAGCACAAAAAGGUUUAGCGGGAAACUCAAAUUUCAUUCGGAUGAAACUUGCAAACUCACAGUAGGCGUUAGCUUAUUGCUUAGCUUAAAGUAAAAUGAAACCACAACCGUGGUGUGAAGCCAAGCUCCUUGAAAAUUUGUUCAAUGUAGAAAAAUUUCUUCUCACUAUUAAUGUAUUAAAAGUAAACAAUAAUAAUGUAUCAAUAGUUUAGAAUUUGGUGAAGUUCAUACAAAAAAAUUGUAACAAAAAUCAUUGAAAAUUAAGUCGCGAGAGUAAAAAGUGUAUUAGAUCAAUGCAAGUUUUAUCUCACUCUUGUUAAACUUAUUUUUGUUCUUCACCAAAAUUUAAGUGAGAAAAGAGCUGUCGAUUACGUCGAAUAUUACCUGAAAAAAAGUUAAAAAUACUCAAAAUACGGGGAGUUUUACAAACGUGAACAACUUUUCCCCUGAAACUCACAACUAACUUAUUAAGUUAAUUUCACAAUGUCGACUGAUUAAAAGUUAUUCCUCGGGUUCAAAAUGAAGAAUAUGAACUUAAGUUCAGAUUAUUUAAAGGUUCUGAUUCUUUCUUUGAUAGCUGACUUAUCAGAAACUUUGCUUGUCUUGAAGUAUUGGGCUGUCUUGUCUAGACUCAGGUAAAACCUGAGAAUGGGCACGUUCAAACAGUUAACAAAGCUAUCGGAUAGCUUUUUGUUGUUGUAAACAAUGUUAAAAAUUAGCAAAGAAACUAACCAUUUUUGGUAUACCUCAGGUAUCCGAGUGAUCAGCUGAUAAACAUUUGCCUAUUUUUUAUUUUGAUUUCUCUUUGCGCGAUUAUUCAGCUUGAAAAUAAAAUAAAUUUGCAAGAAUUAAAGUUAAAUCGAUUGUGCAAGUACUAUGCAACAAUAAAAAAAAAGGAAUUUGCUCAUAUGAAACGAAUUUAACGAAAUUGAUUAUAGCACUUCUCAUUCAAUUAUGUGAAAAUAAACAUUGUUUAACAAUAUUUUUAAGUAUGAAAACAAAAUGUGCUUAAAACUACGCUUAGAAUUAAAAAAAAGCAAAGCAUUUUAUAUUAUCAAAUAAUAAUUUAAGAUUUUUAUGUUUUGCUAUGCAUCAUUAUGCAGAUUACAUGCUAAAAUAUGAUUUAUUUGUUAUACAAAAAAAAAAAUAA